AUGCUGGCACCGGCAAUAGAUCUCGAGUCUGACACUGAAGUGCAGAGACACAGAGAACUGCUCCCAGAGUUGGCAAGCAGAUCUGGGGCAGAAUGCAAAACCGCGGUCCCCCCGACACGGCGAUGGGGCAGAUGUUUCUCUGGAACUGCUGCUGGCACCGCUACAACCCAGCGUAGCUGCGAUCCGGGGCCUUCUUACUGCAUCGUCCGCGGGGAUGAUGCUGUGACCAACAAAGAGUUACAAAGUGCACGUGACGACUGGCAUAAACUUCUGGCAUCUGCGCAGGCUCCGUACGAAGACCCCGAAUUUCCGGCAGAGCCGAAAUCAAUCUGCGGGCGCGAGGAGGAUGCAGUGAAAUCUCCGAAUGAGCCGCCUCAAUGCCGCUGUGGCCAAGCCUCCACGAAGUCAGAGGUGCGCAAAGAUGGUCCGACCAAGGGUCGCCUGUAUUGGCAUUGCGAGAAACGUCGUUGUGGCUUCUUCGCUUGGGCAGACUCAGAUCAUCGACGUCGCGAAAAGAUCUGGUGGCAGCGCUUUCCGGAGUUCAUGAUCGUCAGCGACUUCGGUUUUCGUGCGGAGGACCUGCGGCAGGGUGGCGUGGGUGACUGCUGGUUCAUGUCAGCGUUGGCAGUGGUGGCAGAGCGUCCGGACCUGGUGCUGCGGCUCUUCGGCGACACAGCCAGGAAUCAAGCAGGCUGCUAUCAAUUGAACCUCUUUCUGGAUGGCGAGUGGAGAGCAAUCACCAUAGAUGACCGUUUGCCUUGCACGCACCAGCAAAGACGACCAGACGGAAGUGGACUGGCUUUCAGCCGUGCGGACGGGCAGCAGCUUUGGACGCCUCUGCUCGAAAAGGCGUAUGCCAAGGCUCAUGGCUCGUAUCGUGCGAUCAGCGGUGGCGAGAUUGCCGAGGCACUCUUGGACCUCACCGGCUGCCCAACGGAGAGCAUGGACUUCGAUGAGCCCGGCUUUGAUCCCCAGGAGCUGUGGGAGAGGCUCCUGGAUUUCAAGGCCAAAGGCUUUCCAAUGGGCUGUGCCACUGCCGGAAAUCCUGAGCUGCGAGAGGUCGGGUUGUGCGGCAACCAUGCUUACAGCGUGCUGGAUGUCCGCGAGCUCUAUGAUCAACGUUUCAUCGGCAGGGAGUUCGGCUACGGAGGUGCGCAGCAGGAUGGGCUUGUUCGCUUGCUUCGCAUACGGAAUCCUCAUGGCAUGGGCGAGUGGAACGGGGAAUGGAGUGACAAAUCCGCAGAGUGGACUGACAGACUCUCGAGCGAGCUGGGAUGCACUGGCGUUGACGACGGUACGUUCUGGAUGGACUAUACGCACUUCCUGAUGGGAUUUCAGGUCGUCGAUGUUUGCCUGGCUCAUCGCGGCUGGCACGCUGCAAGCUUCCCCAACACUUUCUGCGCAAAGUCUUCUGGAAGUCGGAUAUGCAAGUACUUCUACGAGCUGCACUGCGAUGCAGCCACCACCUUGUAUGCUAUGGCAUUGCAGCCGACGAAGCGAGGAUCCUGGUGCAGAGAAGAUCGCAAGAAAAGCUACAAGCCAGGCGACAUCAGCCUGCUGGUGCUCCGGAUCAGUGCGGAUCAGCAGCCUCCACAGGUUGUUGGAGGCAACUUCUUCUGUGCGGACAUCAUGGCCAGAAGAUGUGUGGAGGCUAGCUUGGAGCGUGGUCAACGAUAUCUGCUGGUAGCGUUCUCCUUCGGUUCGGGGCCUGUCGCGCACGGGGGCGAGGCACGUGCAGCUCCUUUCAAGAUGAGAAUCUUCUCCUCGCAGCCACUACGUGUGCGAACACUCGAGCCUGAGCACUGUCCACAGCUGGCUGCAGCCGCCUUGACUGGGUUGCAUGCCGCGUGCUUAAGCCUCACAGCAGUGCCUGGAAGACGCUUUCGAAGGCUGGUGAGGCCCCUCGCCACUGGUCUGUGCCUGUUUCAGGUGACAGGUGAAGGAGCCGUCCUGCUGCUGCUUGCCAACGCCACAAGCUCCGACGUGACCGUCAAGAUCACAUCAGAGGUGAAGGUGAUGACAGCACGUUGUGGGGAAGGUUUGCUAGCAGCUGCACCCGGUUCAGAACAAGACAAAAGCUCAGAGGUCACUUGCUUCAACUGUGGCAAGCCCGGCCACAUCGCUCGCGAUUGCACUGCUCCCAGGCAGCGUGGUAUCAGACCUCAGUGGCGAUACCCUGCAAAGUGGCGACGGGUGAUGACGGUUUGUCGGCUUCCAUCAGACAGCCAACGCAUAGCUAUUGCGCUCAUUGGCAAUGGAAUGCAGGCCGAGAUGGGUGGUGUCGAGGUGUUGGUCGCUGCAGGCAGUGAAGAGUGGGCACAGACGGCCAGCUCAAGGCAGCAGCAGCUUCAAAGCUACAUGCAGUCGCCGUCUGUGCCAGCUGUGCAGCCGUUGGAUGCCUUCGAGCCGCGAAAGCUCAUGAAAGGCCUUGUCGAAGAAGCAAUGGCAGUGCAAGCGGCCGGUAAGAAGACAAUCGGGGCUGCAGUCACGGAGGUGCUGGACUGGGUCUCAGAGGAGGCUCUUGCACAAGCCGCUGCUGCCAGUCUCGAGCAGAUGCGUGUUCAAGAGGAGCAGCAGCUUCAGCAGGCCUUGGAAGCUUCGAGAGGCGCAUCGGCGAUCGACUUGCGACCGGAUUCCGAAGACAGGUUGCUGGCAGCAGCUGUGGCUGCGUCGAGUGAGGAACAGGCCAUUGAAGCCUCUCGAAGAGAGUUCCUGGCAGCUGAAGAAGCGGAUUUGCAGGCGGCCUUGCUCCUCUCUCGUGGGUCCGUUGCUGCGCCGCAGUUUGUCGUGGACUCUUCCGAGGAGGAAUCCGUUGACAUUCCUUCACUUCGUGAGUCCAAGCGCCACAAGGCCGCAGCCUGA